AUCUCCUCGAUCUUUGGUUUUAGCUGCAAAUCAACAAGUAAUUUAUCAGAAAGCUGAGGAGAAAAGUCAGGCUGGUCUUGAUGGCAGGCUAAGCUAAGUCAGGCUGAAAGGUUUUCUGUUCCCGAGGAGCUGCAGAGUCCGGACAGGAAGCAGCAUGGCCAUGUGGAUUCAGGCCCAGCAGCUUCAGGGGGAGGCGUUGCAUCAGAUGCAGGCACUGUAUGGGCAGCACUUCCCCAUCGAGGUGCGACACUACCUGGCCCAGUGGAUUGAAAGCCAGCUGUGGGAUUCAGUGGAGUUGGACAACCCAGGAGAGGAGGCCAAAGCCAAGCGCCUGCUCGACAACCUGGUGGCUGAGCUGCAGAGGAAAGCUCAACUUCAGGGAGGAGAGGAUGGUUUUCUGCUCAAGAUCAAGUUAGGUCAUUAUGCCACCCAGCUGAAGAGCACAUAUGAUCGGUGUCCUUUUGAACUGGUGCGCUGCAUCAAACACAUCCUGAAGUCAGAGCAGAGGCUGGUUAAAGAAGCUACAAACACGAGCUGUGGGAGUGACGGCCAGGCCAUGGACACCUUGUCCCACCACCACCAGCAGAUCAACCAAGCCUUUGAGGAGCUGCGUCUGGCCACACAGGAAACUGAAAAUGAGCUGAGGAAGUUACAGCACAGUCAAGAAUAUUUCAUCAUUCAGUACCAGGAAAACCUGCGCAUCCAGGCUCAGCUCAGCAGCCUGACUUCGCUGCCUCCAGCUGAGCGCACCCAGCGUGAGACCACCCUGCAGAGCAAACGAGCCACAGUGGAGGCCUGGCUCGCCAGAGAGGCCAGCACGCUACAGAAAUUCAGACUUGACCUGUCAGAACAGCAUCAAAAAACUCUGGGCCUGCUGAGGAAGCAGCAGACGCUCAUCCUGGACGAGGAGCUCAUUCAGUGGAAAAGGAGACAGCAGCUGGCUGGCAUUGGGGGUCCACAUGAGGGGGGGCUGGAUGUCCUCCAGUCCUGGUGUGAGAAGCUGGCUGACCUCAUCUGGCAGAACCGGCAGCAGAUUCGGCGCUGUGAGCACCUGACGCAGCAGCUUCCUUUACCUGGCCCCAUGGAAGAGCUGUUGAACAAACUCAACUCUGACAUUACCGACAUCAUCUCUGCCCUGGUCACCAGCACCUUUAUAAUAGAAAAACAGCCCCCCCAGGUGUUAAAGACCCAGACCAAGUUUGCAGCCACAGUCCGUCUUCUGGUGGGCGGGAAGCUCAACGUCCACAUGAACCCCCCGCAGGUCAAGGCGGUCAUUGUUAGUGAGCAGCAGGCUAAAGCUUUGCUAAAGAAUGAAAGCACACACAGUGAAAGCAGUGGAGAAAUCCUCAACAACAACUGUGUGAUGGAGUAUCAUCAGGCCACUGGUACCCUCAGUGCACAUUUUAGAAACAUGUCCCUGAAGAGGAUCAAGCGCUCCGAUCGUCGAGGUGCCGAGUCCGUGACGGAGGAAAAGUUUACAAUCCUGUUUGAGUCACAGUUCAGUGUUGGAGGAAACGAGCUGGUCUUCCAUGUCAAGACACUAUCUCUACCUGUAGUUGUGAUCGUUCAUGGCAGUCAGGACAAUAAUGCCACAGCCACGGUUUUGUGGGACAACGCCUUUGCGGAGCCGGGCAGAGUGCCAUUCGUUGUACCAGACAAGGUGGUGUGGUCUAAGCUGUGUGAGGCCCUGGAUAUGAAGUACAAGGCAGAGAUGCACAGCGGACGAGGACUCACCGAGGAUAACCUGGUCUUUUUGGCCCAGAAGGCUUUUUCAAACAGCAGCAACAACCCUGAGGAUUACAAAAACAUGACGAUAACGUGGGCCCAGUUCAAUCGGGAGAACUUACCUGGACGCAGCUUCACCUUCUGGCAGUGGUUUGAUGGUGUGGUGGAGCUGAUGAAGAAACACCUCAAACCUCACUGGAAUGAUGGGGCCAUUCUUGGAUUUUUAAACAAGCAGCAGGCUCAGGAUAUGCUCCUGUCUAAACCAAACGGCACCUUCCUGCUCAGAUUCAGUGACUCAGAGAUCGGAGGCAUCACUAUUGCAUGGGUGGCUGAAAACCCCAACAAACAAGGUGAACGCCUGGUCUGGAACCUGUUGCCCUACACAACAAAAGACUUCUCUAUUCGCUCCCUGGCUGACCGCAUCAGUGACUUGAACCAUCUACUGUUCCUUUACCCAGACCGGCCCAAAGAUGAGGUCUUCGCAAAGUACUACACCCCUCCACAUUCAAAACCAGUGGAUGGAUAUGUAAAACCACAGAUCAAACAAGUUGUGCCAGAAUUCACAACUCCUAAUCCUGAGCCCUCUGGAGGAGCGUUCAUGGACCAGACAGCUUCAUCUGCAGGUCACCCCAACAGCUUUGGUGUCUACGCUUCCAUCACUGAGAACAUGCUGGACCCAGAUGGAGACUUUGACCUGGAGGACACGAUGGACGUGGCCCGUCACGUGGAGGAGCUGCUCCGGAGACCCAUGGACACCCAGACCCAGUGGAACAGUCAGCAGUCCUGAACAAUAACCCUUUUUUAUCAAUAUUUUUACCUUUUUGUUGUUGUUUUUUAAUCUUGAGGCUCACACAACCAAAACACUUAGUGGACAGCAGCUGAGGAAGCUCACACAUCAUCAUCCUGAUGUCAUUCAGUUCCAUAGGAAGAGACCAUGUCUGUCUUACUCUGUGAUUAUUAAUCUUCUAUGACAUCAUCGUUUCUCAGGACUGCAGUCUGGAGCUAAUCUUUUAUAGAUGUAUUUUUUUAUAAAAGUUAUUUGUCCUAAACUGUACAGAGCAUCCAGCUGUUGGAUGAGCUUUUAAAAAGCUGAUGAUUCACAUGGGACACAUGCGCUUCUUCAGGAAUUAAAUCUGUUUUGUACCAAUGAGAAUAUUUUGUUCAGAAAACGUCAGAAAAUAACGACGACCUAAAGGGAGACGAUGUAAGUGUUGUUAAAUCCAGCAUCUCACUGGGCUGCUGCUGGAGACCAGUUUGUCAGCAGAAGUCCUGAAAUGUUUCGUCUGUCUGUUUACCUGAGGCUCACAGUCUUGGCCCAUUACUUUGAACGCUUUUUAAACAUUGGUUGGUGUCUCCCAGCUGUCUUCAACCGUUUUCAGUCUCCUGAGCUUUUAUUUUGACACGUUCACAGGAGCUGUCCUCUGACAGGAAGCAUCAGAGGCGACAGCUCUUUAUAUAUUCAUUAUAAAUCAUGUUUUAAACUGGUGCAGGUGUAGACUGGAAGAUGAACUGACUGAUUCUGACAGGAUUAGUGCUGCGUCUUCAUACACCCGUGGUUACACUUCAAACAAAACUUUAUUUUAAGAUAUUUAGCUCUACACUGCAAGAUACAGCAGUUUUUCUUCAGACAAGCGUUUGGCAGCUGGUUGAACAGAAGGAGCUUCAGCUGUUUUCAGUUGGGUGGAAACGUAAUCCUUUCUUGCUCAAUGGUUCUGUGUCAGCCGUGGCCGACAGCUACGUUCAGCUGUUUCUGCUCCCUACAGGUAAAAGUGUGCUGGAACUGACCAACUACAGUAGUGUUCAUCAGCUGCAGCUCAGUGACACUGGAGCAGUGGAAACAGUUAUAUCUUUACAGAAGAAUGAUCCCAGGAUCACUUUGAACCGUGUUGAUGUUUCAACUCUUUGUGUCCUGAUGGUUUGAAUGAAACCAGCCUGAAACAACA